GACAGAAAGAGAGAGAGAGAGAGAUAUGGCUGCAUGCCUCAUCGUUUCUCAAGUGUCUUGAAGUGCUUGUGAGGCCUCUUUGGUAGAAUGCUGAGAGAGAGAGAGGACAUGAUGCAAAUAAAUGAGCAGUACCAUUUCACGAGGUAGUUAGAUGCAUCAUGGGAGUGGAUCAGAACUUAUCUACAGUAGUGGACCUGAACACAUCUAAUAUAACCAUGGAGUACAGCUCAGCCCGCUCAGUGGAACAGGUCCCUACAGAAUACCGCAUCGCAGGCCUGGUCUUCUACUGUGUCAUCUUCACCAUUGGCAUAGUGGUCAACGUCACCGCAUUAUGGGUAUUUGCCUUGACCACCAAGAGGAGGAACUCCGUCUCGGUCUACAUGAUCAACGUGGCCAUAGUGGAUCUCGUCUUUAUCAUCCUUCUCCCCUUCCGGAUGGUUUACUAUGGCCAGGACUACUGGCCGUUCGGAGACAUCUUCUGUCGGGUCAGCGCGGCUCUGACUGUCUUCUACCCCUGCAUGGCCCUGUGGCUCUUCGCCCUGAUCAGCACUGACCGCUACGUGGCCAUCAUCCAGCCCAAACACAGCAAGGAGCUCAAGAACAUCCCCAAAGCCCUGGUAGCAUGCAUCGGGGUGUGGAUCAUGACCCUGGGUAGCACUGUCCCCUUGCUCUUCCCAGACCACGACCCGGAUCGCUCCUCCAACUUCACCACCUGCAUCAAGAUGCGUGACAUCAUCCACCUGCGAACGGACAACCCCGUCCACUUCACACGCCUGUUCUUCUUCUUCCUGGUGCCGACCUGUAUCAUGAUUGGUUGCUAUGUGGUCAUCGUGGAUAAUCUCGUCCACGGACGGACUUCCAAGCUCAAGCCCAAGGUCAAGCAGAAGUCCAUCAGGAUCAUCAUCACGCUCAUCGUCCAAGUGCUGGUGUGUUUCGUGCCCUUCCACAUUUGUUUGGUGGUUCUGUUGCUGGAAGGUGGUGAUGGUUCGGACUACAGCACGUGGGGUGCCUUUACAACAUUCCUGAUGAACCUGAGUACAGUUCUGGACAUUAUUCUUUACUACAUUGUCUCCAAGCAGUUCCAAGAUAGAGUGAUCAGUGUGAUUCUGUACAGGAACUACCUGCGUAGCGUACGGAGGAAGAGCAGACGCACACACACAGGGAGUGUGAGGUCGUUCAGUAACUUGACCAGCGCCAUGAUCUGAAGGCGGAAACCAAACUCAACUGUGCAAAAGAAGGUGACCCAGGGACUUUACAGAUGCAUAUCUGGCAGACAGUGGCGGUCGGUGACAUUUAUAAUGAGGGAGGACAAUACAUUUUUUUAUGAGCAUGGCCUUAUUUCUAUUACAGCAUAUUGGAUGAUUGUCAUUCAUAUACCAUUCACCCAGCUCAAUGUAACAUCGAUAGGUUUAGGCUACAUCCUACAUGAUAUUCACAUUUUCCUAUCAUGAGGUUGGUACAGCCUAGCCUAUGAAUGAAAGUUUACAACCACAGGUCAAGAGAAAGAUUUGAGUUAUCAAGGUGGCAGACAGUGACACAUUCAAUACCGUCUCGCACACUCUUGCCCACAUCUAGCUGAUCUAUGGUGUAAUCAUUAGUCCAACAGUUGCAAACAAAAGUUUCUAUUGGACAUAUGCCAGUACGUUUUUCCCCAUUUCGUUCUGUUUGCUUCUGUUUAAGAAAUGUUUUUCAACAGAAUCGGCGGAAGGAAUUACACCCCUGAUCACACGCAAACACAGUUCACUUCACAGCAGCCACAUACAAAGAGCAUGAGCACAACACAACACAUCAGCUGUCUGUGACCAGGUGAAAAAACCUUCCCAAGCCAAAAUGUCAUAUCAUAACCGCUAACCGCUACACACAGCCUACAUCGUUGUCACCAUAUUAGCUAACGUCAUAGUCAACAUAGCUACUACAACUAACAUGUUAGUAAAAUCAUAGUACAAUCAUGCAGUGCGGUGUACAGUCAGCAAACUUGCUUCUUCUUCAUUUUUAAAGAAAUGAAUGUGUUCAAAAUUGUUAAACUAUUGUCUUUCUUUCUCUUUGAGUCAGCUACUCACCACAUUGUAUGCACUGCAGUGCUAGCUAGCUGUAGCUUAUGCUUUCAGUACUAGAUUCAUUCUCUGAUCCUUUGAUUGGGUGAACAACAUGUCAGUUCAUGCUGCAAGAGCUCUGAUCGGUUGGAGGCAGUCCCCCAGAAGUUCAUAAUUACUGUGUAAGUCUAUGGGAGGGGGUGACGACCAUCAGCCUCCUAGGUUUUGUAUUGAAGUCAAUGUACCCAGAGGAGGACGGAAACUAGCUGUCCUCUGGCUACACCAUGGUGCUACCCCAGAGAGUGCUGUUGAGGAUACUGUAGACCUUUGCAAAACAGUGUGUUUUAAUAAAUUAUUUGGUGACGUGAA